CUCUUCAGCUCAAGCUCAAGCUCAAUCUCAAUCUCAAUCUCCACAAACUCCCGCCUCCUCCACGGCCCUCCAGCGUACUAAGCUAAAUACAACACCGAGCAACCCAGAAAAUUGAUCGAUGGCCAUGGACGGCUCCGACCAAUGGACCAGCUCCACUACCUCCUCGUCGUCCUCGCACGACCAGUACAUGGUGGUGUGGUCGCCGCCGCCGAAGCGCCCGGCUGGGCGCACCAAGUUCAAGGAGACGCGCCACCCGGUGUACCGCGGAGUGCGCCUCCGGGGCACAGCGGGCCGCUGGGUGUGCGAGGUGCGCGUGCCCGGCAUGCGCAACAAGCGGCUCUGGCUCGGGACGCACCUCACCGCCGAGUCCGCCGCCCGCGCCCACGACGCGGCCAUGCUCGCGCUGCGCGGCGCCUCCGCUGCCGCCGCGGGACUUCUCAAUUUCCCGGACUCCGCGUGGCUUCUCUCCGUGACGCCGCCCGCGCUCGCCGACCUCGACGGAGUCCAGCGCGCCGCCCUGGCUGCCGUCGCUGACUACCAGCGCCGCGAGGCCGCCAACGGCGCCGCCGCCGUUCCGGUCGUCAAUGAGGCCGUCUCCAAUGAAUUUGCGUCAUCGUCCGACAAUGCCGUCUCGUGGGCGACGUCGCAAGCUUCUGCCAACAACGGAACAUCUGAAGAGCCGGUUGUGAUGGGCAGCGAGAUGUUCGAGCUCGGCAUGCCCGAAGAAAUGGACCUGGGCAUGUACUACAAGGACCUCGCGGAGGGGCUGCUCAUGGAGCCGCCGCCGCCGCCGCCCGCACCGAACACCGGGACCGGGGUGUGUUGGGAAAGCGGAGACUACGGCGACGGCGGAGCUGACGCCGCACUCUGGAGUUACUGAAACGCGCCCUCUGGACUGGGGUUACUGAAACGAUUUACCUUGAUUUGGCUCCAUGGAAGAAACUGCUUCAGGCAUUAAUACCUUAAUAAAACCAUAAAUGAAUCGAAUCUCAACACUACACUCAAGCAAAAGCUAGAAAAAAGAAACGAGAAAAGUGCAGCAAAGGACAUCAUCACUGAUUGACUGCAGCAAAAUGAUUUUUUCUCUCUCUCCAAAAAAGGGUAUACUGACUUCACGUGUGAUGACGUCAACAGGCAACAAAAGAGGAAAGAUCAACGCUUUGCUAAUCAGGCAAAGGUGGCCCAAGUACGCUAAUCCCGAAGAUGUGGGCGAGAGGCAUCCAGGUAGGCCUGUUAAAGCCACCAUCCCCAGGAUAUUUCUCCCAGAAUCCUCGUAGCCACGCGAACUGACGCGGCGAUGCAGCCUCCAAGCCGUAUCUUGCUUUCUGCGACAUGGACACAUAGCGAGAUUUCAGGAAGGAGCGCGACUGCAUCGCUCGAUGGGCGCGUGAGAGUGUGCGGUUGCUUAUUAUUCGCCUCAAUCCCCACCCAUGGGAAACAAGGAUUAUGACAGGAGGCACGAAGAAGAUUCAGGUCUUUUUUUGCUUUUA